AUGCAAAACGAACUUUCAAUUUCUGUUGAUUCUCACUUAGCCAUGCUCCGCCUCAGCUCCGCCGCUGACGCCACUACCGGAAAAUUCUCCGGCGACCAAUCUCCUCUUCAGCAAUGCCAUUCUUAUCGUUCCGUCAAGAAAAUCCCACAUUUCUCACCUGAAAUUUCCACCACCACCAUCGCCGCCGCCAUUGAGACACCUGCCACGUCAUGUAAGAAAACUACCCUUUACGGCGGCGCCACCACCACUACCAAGGGAAAGAGACACUCAAACUGUCGUUUCUCUUCUUCUCUGGAAGAGCCCUUUCCAAAAAGAACUGUCACCGUUCUACCACCCAUUUCCACCGCCGCAGACGGCGGCGCCGUCGUUGCCGCCGACCCCUACAACAACAAUAACAGUAACCAUUUCCAAGGUUUCAUAAAAAUCCCACUUCAAAAUAACCAAGAAUCUCCGGUGACUCCAUCGCCUACACCAUCUCCGGCGAAACCACCAUUAGCGCCGCCAUUUCCUCGACCCCUUUAUCGGACUACCUCAGAUCCCACUGGAAAAUCCCCUAAACCCCCAUCUCACCGUACCCUCACAAGAACAUCUAGCUGGUCACCAAAUGAGCUCAAUUUCAACAAUGGAGAAUCUCCUACUACAAUGAAAUCCCCAACUCACUCUGCUGUUGCAAGAACAGCUAGCUGGUCACCAAAUGUUCAAGUAUUAGGUGGUUCAGUUAACAAUGGAGAAUCUCCUACUACAAUGAGGUUAAAGAGAAUGAAAGAUGGAAUGAGAGAAAUGAGACAAUGGUGUGACCUUAUGAUUCAAGAAGAAGAAGAAACUUCCCAUGAAGAAAACAAGAUUGUAAAGGAUGAUGAGACAGAUAGUGGUGGAGGAGAAGCAUUGUGUGAGGAGGCUGUAUGGGUGGAAAGAAUGGGGAACUGUCUGAUCCUUCAUUUCAAGUGUCCUUGUGGUAAAGGAUAUCAGAUUCUGCUAUGUGGAAAUAACUGCUACUAUAAACUCACCAAUUUCUGA